CGGUGACUUUUUUCCUCUUUGGCAAGAGAUCAGCGAAGCACCAAACCAAAGAAGUCUAACGUGAUAUAGAUAUUCUUCCAGCUGUAUAUAUAGCUAUAUGUUUAUAACUGUAUGUGCGCUUGACUAAACGUAAUCGUUACUGUUCCAGACAUCGUUUCGAGUUUUUUUAAAGAUAAAUGAAUAAUUGAAAUGGCGACCUGGCGUGGUAGCUAGCUAAUCCCGACGACUCAGUUUUACUAGUGUUCCUUAUUUUGUGUCAGUCUUUCUACCCCCCUCUUUUGUCACACGGCGAUCUGCUUUGUCUCCCAAAGCGUUAAUAAAUCCUCAGCCAACCAUCUCGUCACCCAGCAACACACAAACCUUGUUACACAACCUGCUAUCGGCCAUAUACUACUGGCGGGUUUCUGCAGCUCUGGGCACCGAUCUCUGCUCUCAGCCAGGGACUCCCGUUCUCUCCGAGGGUUGGACACCCCACAUCGGGCCACCGCUCUCCAUGGUCGUUAAGGCACAGCCGAGACUAGCCGCAGGAGCUGAAAACGUCGCUUUGAGUGCCGAGCCAUUCCAGCAGGGGCCGGCUGUGGCCGGCUUGCUGUACCCGGGGUUUCGGAGGAGCACACGGCGUGGCACAGGCUGUCUGCCGAAUAACAGGAAGCAAUCAUGGCAUUGACAUGUCACUUUAAACCUCUGGACGAACAUUAACGAUAAAUAGAUCAUUUUUCAGGGAAACUGUAUUUCCCUGCCCCGUGUUUAAGUUGCUAGUUAACUUAUCUAGCUCGCCCGCAACACAAAGCACAGCAAAGAAGUACGAGGACAGAGGAGUGCUGGCGUAUGUGAACACCAUGUCAGAGGACAACAAUCUAGACAAAUUCAUCAAGGACAGUUCCAUCCUAGAAGAGUACAGCAUCAACUGGACACAGAAACUGGGGGCGGGUAUCAGCGGGCCUGUCAGGGUAUGUGUGAAAAAGUCCACGCAGGAGCGGUUAGCCUUGAAGAUCCUCAUUGACCGCCCCAAAGCACGCAAUGAGGUGCGACUCCACAUGAUGUGUGCAGGUCACCCCAAUAUCGUGCAGAUCUUGGAUGUGUACGCGAACAGUGUCCAGUUCCCACAUGAGUCCAGUUCCAGGGCCCGGCUUUUGAUCGUGAUGGAGAUGAUGGAGGGGGGCGAGCUCUUCCAUCGGAUCAGCCAACACCGGCACUUCACUGAGAAGAUGGCCAGCCAGGUCACCAAGCAGAUCAGCCAGGCCCUGCAGCACUGUCAUUCACUCAACAUUGCACACCGGGACCUGAAGCCAGAAAACCUGCUUUUCAAGGACAACUCACUGGAUGCACCUGUGAAAUUAUGCGAUUUUGGCUUUGCCAAGAUCGACCAAGGUGACUUGAUGACUCCGCAGUUCACACCUUACUACGUAUCACCUCAGGUAUUGGAGGCGCAGAGGCGACACCAGAAGGAAAAGUCUGGAAUCAUACCUACCUCACCUACUCCCUAUACCUAUAACAAGAGCUGUGACUUGUGGUCAUUGGGGGUAAUCAUCUACGUGAUGCUGUGUGGCUACCCGCCUUUCUACUCCAAGCAUCACAGCCGCACCAUCCCCAAGGACAUGCGCAAGAAGAUCAUGACCGGGAGCUUUGAGUUCCCCGAGGAGGAGUGGAGCCAGAUCUCUGAGAUGGCCAAGGAUAUUGUUCGCAAGCUGCUGAAAGUGAAACCAGAGGAGCGACUGACCAUUGAGGGAGUGCUGGCUCACCCCUGGCUCAACUGCACAGAAGCACUGGACAAUGUACUGCCAUCUGCCCAGAUGAUGAUGGACAAGGCGGUGGUGGCAGGCCUCCAGCAGGCCCACGCAGAGCAGCUGGCCAACAUGAGGAUACAGGACCUCAACGUCAGCCUCAAGCCCCUGAAUUCCGUCAACAAUCCCAUCCUGAGGAAGAGGAAACUGCUGGGUACAAAGCCCCGGGAUGGCUUUUUCAUCCACGACCCGGAGAACGGGGGGGAGGACUCCAACGUGGCUCUGGAGAAACUGAGGGACGUCAUCGCCCAGUGUAUCCUACCCCAGGCCGGGGAAAACGAGGAUGAGAAGCUGAAUGAGGUGAUGCACGAGGCUUGGCGCUUCAAUCGCGACUGCAAGCUGCUGAGAGACGGCCUACAAGGCCUCAACUGGGAUGGGAGGGUCUUCUCUGACAAAGUGGAUCGCUUGAAGUUGGCAGAGAUAGUCAAACAGGCCAUAGAGGAGAAAACAAACUUACAAGACUCUCCUUAGCCAGUGCUGUAUUUUUAUUUUAUUUUGUAUAGUAUUCUCUCUGUUCCUGAACAAAAUAACUGUAAAGACUAAUUUUUAUGUAAAUUUAAGUGCAGGACUUGCAUAUUUUCAUGAAUUCGCUUGCAAAAGUAUUGUACAACUGUAGAUAUACUCAAAGAUGACUUGUUGGUACUGUAAAUCCCUUUUUUUACACACAACAGCAAACAUAGAUGAACAAACAAAGCGAAUGUUUAAAUCCAUUUUAGUUCCCACUGGAAGGGAAUUCAGCCUUUAUACCCCCUGCUCAUCUGAGUUACCCAUAGCAGUGUUUUUUUUCUUUUUCUUUUAAUAAUGCUGUUAAUUUUAUUUAUUAAAAACUAAUAGAGUUUUUAAAUUAUUAUACUACAGUCUCUGCUGCCUGACAUUUUGGUAAUUGACAGCAAAAGUAGGAAUAUAAAAAUGAGACGUCAUCCACUCCUUGAUCUGGUCGUAGAUAUAGAGGAAAGUGGAUUUCAGUGGCUGUUGAUUCAGAGUCUGGUGUCAGCGAUUUAAACUGUGAAACUUCUUGGUUGGAGAGUUAAACAAUGACAGUGCAAUAUCUAGGAGGAAGCUAUAUUGCAGGAAAUACUUUUUAAGUUAUUAUCCGAUAAGCUAUUAUAGUACUGCUGAUAACAGGUACAGUAUAAUAACUAUGAUAAUGAGAGGUUUCCAUGUGGUUUAUUAAAGAAAAAAAACAGGCAACCUAGUUCACAAGCCUCAGUCUUCCUCAGUAUUGGUCUGAAACAAAAGUUCUGGUAGAAUGGUUUUAUUUGAUAACAUGAAAAAUACCAGAAAAGGGGGGAAAAUGUGUGCUUGCUUCUGAAUUUCCACUUUGUUACCAAAAUCAAAGCUCACCUUUGGAGUAACCUUGCUAAAUUUCAGAUGGAGAAUUUCACCCUGUUUACAUAAGGUUUAUGUAAUGCUGCUGCCCGGAAGCACAUGACACAGGAAUGGGGGAACAGGGUGGGCAGUGUGUUUGGCCACAGAUCUAAAAGGCAGCUGUUCUGGGUGAGAAGAGAGACAGACCGGCACUAGGGCUGUGUGGGCCCAGGCAGCCAUGUCUGGAGGCCGACACAUAAAACAGAAACAUGGUCUUUGGAGAUUGAAUAGACUGAUGAUCUUACAUUGCCCCCACCCCCAAAUGUAAUUAUCUCCACUGUGCUUUAACAUGGCUCUGGAACAUCACUAAAACACGUCUGAAGCAUGAAGGAAAAAAACUGCAGCCAGCAGCAAAGGAUACAGAUUUGUUAUCUGACAGUUACUGGUUUAGGUCCGGGGGGGGGCCUUGCUGUUUGAGACAAGCAUUAAAUAGCUCUAAUAAUACAUCGAGCUGUAUAAAUAGGAAAAUCUGCAAGUAAUCUUGAAGGUCUGACUGUGCAGUGAAAUAAUACCUCUCAGUUGUGCACAGAAAGCAGCUUGUCACAUUCAGCAGAAAUCAGCCUGGGAGAAAUGCUUCAACUGAAAUAUCCAAUGAGAGAAUAUCCAUCCCAACAUCAGUAAUGACUCUCCCAUUAGGCGGCCCCCUCCUCCCAAGUAGAAUCCACACAGAACACUGAUGACAUUUGUUGAAUAUUUGAAGACUGUAAAAUAUAAAUCUUUAGUCUACACACAAAGACAGUUGGUGGACAGAAAAAUUAUGUACCAAAUUGAUCUACCAAAAAUGCCUUUGUAGUAUAAAUACAUAAACUGGUAUUACUCCUUCCCAUUCUCUCACAGGCCUAUGUUUCAUUUCUUCUUAGACUGACAGAUUACUAUUGCAGUUUGGGUACCUCAGGGUAUUUCUGUCCACCUGCUACAAAAUGUCAUGAAUAUGCUGAAUAUUUGUAUUAAAGGAAUUCUUUGAAAAGGUA